AUGUCUAACCAAAUGAAAGGAUAUUUUCCGAAAACUGAAUGUCAGACUAAAUGCUUUGAGAAAAUGUUUGAAUAUAGCGGGAGCAGAGAAGAUAUGUGCCAAUGUGGCAACUCUUUCACUGGCCUCAGACAGAAGGGCGUUAUGGAUUGUUCCAUAAAGGACUUCACCGUUUCAAGUGUCUCAUUUAGGCAAAACAAAUCGGAGAUCUACCAAUACUGCAAGAAUGACAGAACAGAGAGUAGCAAAGCUUACUGCGACACGAACGUUUGCAUUCCCGGUUCGGCAGGACCAUUCUGUAUCAAAGCUACAACCAUCCAGAUCAAAACUAUUUCACUCGACGCGACCACUUCAGCUGCAACCCAAAACGUACAAUAUGAAAAUUCCACAGAAACGUAUGUUGGCACACUUCCAUGCAGAGAUAACAAUGGAGGGUGUGGUGAUGAAAUAUGUUGGGAGGUUAAUGAUGAAGAAAUCGGUAAUGGAAAGGUUCGAGUUGAAGGUAACCCCUUAGAUGAGGAAAUCUUUGAUAUACCAGAAGGUUGCAUGAUAUUUCUCAAACAGUUGUCUAAAACUCCAUUGACAUGA